CUCUAACAUUGCCAAUCAAUCAACUAGUUUAUCACGUUUUAUUUGAUGUAGAACUCUGGUAUAUGCAUAUAUAUAUAUAUAUAUCCUUCAACAUAAACAAAUGAUACGGCCGCAACUUAUUAGUUUUUAUGUAAAAGAAUUUAAUAACUGAAAGACAAAAGAUGAAAGCCACAGAUAUAUUUAGUUUUUUAGUCACACAUGCCAGCCCAAAAAGAACAAAUCUGAAGCAUAACUUACGAACAGUAUUAUAGAUACAUACAUAUAUUAAUCAUAUUAGUCAAAAUCAGAGCAGUAAAAUAGGCACGUAGACAAAGAAGGAAGAACUCCCUGUCAAACAAUAAGACCCUUCAAGCAACCUGUAGGAGAAAUUAGUGUAUAUAAAGCUCCAUAGCAAUGUUGGAGUCAUCAUUGAAAUAAUCCAUUAGACUAAUUGAAACUUUAGUUUUUAGCAGAAUGGCAUUCACAACCCAGUGCCUGGUAUUGAUGUUGGUUUUGGCAGCUUGGGCUGGUCAGGCAACAUGUCGCAACCUCCAAGAUGCAACAACGUAUGAGGAGCAUGAACAAUGGAUGGCUCGUUAUGGGCGGGUUUAUAAGGACUCCAACGAGAAGGAGAAGCGGUUCCAGAUAUUCAAGGAGAAUGUUGCACGUAUAAAAUCAUUUAACAAUGCCAAUGAUAAGCCCUACAAGCUGGGCAUCAAUCAAUUUGCUGAUCUUACCAAUGAAGAGUUCAAGACUUCAAGAAAUAGAUUCAAGGCUCACAUGUGCUCCCCAAAGACCACUUCUUUCAAGUAUGAGAACUUUACUGCAGUACCAUCCUCCAUGGACUGGACAAAGAAGGGGGCUGUCACACCUGUUAAGGACCAAGGCCAAUGCGGAUGUUGUUGGGCAUUCUCAGCCGUGGCAGCUAUGGAAGGGAUCAAUAAGCUAACAACUGGAAAGCUACUCUCCUUAUCAGAGCAAGAGUUGGUAGAUUGUGAUACAAAGGGUGAGGAUCAAGGCUGUAACGGCGGUCUAAUGGAUAAUGCAUUUCAGUUCAUUAAACAGAACAAGGGCCUCACAACUGAGACCAAUUACCCCUACAAAGGAGUAGAUGGCUCAUGCAACACAAAGGAAGCAGCCAACCAUGCAGCUAAGAUAACUGGCUACGAAGAUGUACCAGCCAACAGUGAGAAGGCGCUGAAAAAGGCGGUUGCUAACCAGCCAGUUUCAGUUGCUAUUGAUGCUGGUGGUUACGAAUUCCAGUUUUACUCAGGUGGUGUUUUCACUGGGCCUUGUGGGACUGAGCUGGACCAUGGGGUUACUGCUGUGGGGUAUGGAGUGGCUGAUAAUGGAACCCACUAUUGGUUGAUCAAGAACUCUUGGGGAGAUCAAUGGGGUGAACAAGGCUACAUUAGGAUGCAGAGAGAUAUUGAUGCAAAAGAAGGGCUCUGCGGCAUAGCAAUGGAAGCCUCUUACCCAACUGCAUAA